UGAAAUGGGCCCGCAUGACUGUGCAUGGGUGGUCUCGGUGAUCACCUGGCGACCCCGAACAGGACCGUGCGGGUGCAGAGGGCCGACGCACGGUGCCGGAAGUUGGAGUUGCCGUCCACAGCGGAGUCCGCGCGCUCAGGGCUUCCUAAUGUCCGGCGACGCAGCACCUGCUGCAAUGUGAUCUGUUUAAGAAAGCGUGGCGGCCUCGGAGUGGAGAGGGGAUGUCUUUGCGGUCACUUUGAGUUUCCUGCCAUUCGAUUUCAUAGGCAACGAGGAUAAAAAGUGAAACUGGGACGGGCGGCGGCUGUAGCGGUGACGGCGCCCCUUCGAGGUUUGGCGUGGCGCUUCAUGGAGCUGUCGGUGGUGACACGCUCGUCGGGAGUCGACGGGUCAGUCAGGGUUACAAAUAAUAAGAUAGAUAGAGCCGAAGAAGCUGCUAUUUUGAGGGAUGAUCUCAAAUUUUACUUUAUGAAUCCUUGUGAAAAAUACAAUGCGAGGAAACAGAUACCAUGGAAACUAGGAGUACAGAUUUUAAAAAUUAUUAUUAUUACACUUCAGCUUGUUUUGUUUGGCUUGCGGAAUCAAACUGUCGUUUCUUAUAAAGAGGAGACUACUAUAACAUUCAAGCAACUCUUCAUAAAAUCUUAUACAGGCAGCAGCGAAGAUGAAAAAAGCCACUCGAUAUACACUCAGAAAGAUGUUUAUGAUAGCAUGUAUUUUGUAGUUCAUCAGUACAUGCAGUUUAAGAAUCUCUCUGUGGGUCCUAUAAGUUACAGCCAAGAUACAAGUGAAUUUGAAGGCCUGGAAAUGUGCAGAACACAGUACAAGGAAGUUACCUCUACUGAUACAUUUCAUAUUAACCUGGAAAUGGAAACAAACUGUUUGAAAGUAAAUUCUUCAGAUAUGAAUAAUGACUGGAAACUUGUCAAUGAAUCUUUACUCGGCCUGGACUUUAAUAGACUUAUUGAUGUAAUAAUAACCUUUAAACUUAAAGGCAUCAACCUGCAAACAAUACGUUCACUUGAAAUUCCAGACUGCUAUGAUUUCUAUGUAACAAUAACAUUUGACAAUCAAGGUCAUAGUGGGCUACUGAAAGUAUUUUUAAAUAAUGAUGCCAUUAUUAGUGAAUGCAACAACUGGAACAUAUCUGCCUCUCGCCCAAACAGUAAAUAUUUUCUGCUGGUUUGUGAUUCCUUUGUAAUUUUGGUCUGUUUCAUCUCGGCGGUGUUGUGCAUCAGAUCUAUAAUUCUUGCUAGGCGACUCCUACAGAGAUUUGUCAAGUUCUUCCAAGAUCACUAUGAACGCCCAGUAUGUGAAUCAAAUAAAAAUGAGUUUAUAAAUAUGUGGUACAUAUUGAUCAUCAUCAGUGAUCUAAUGGCAAUAAUUGGUCUAGUCUUGAAGAUGGAAAUACAAACAAAGAAUCUUGCAAGUUAUGACUGUUGCAGCAUUCUUCUUGGCACUUCCACAUUAAUGGUGUGGGUCGGAGUAAUAAGAUAUCUCGGCUACUUUCAGAAAUAUAAUGUUCUCAUUCUAACCAUGAAUGCAGCCUUACCAAAAGUCCUUCGUUUCUGUUGUUGUGCAGGAAUGAUUUAUCUUGGCUAUAUGUUUUGUGGGUGGAUUGUUCUUGGACCAUAUCAUAAAAAGUUUGAAACUUUGAGCACCGUGGCAGAAUGCCUCUUUUCACUGGUUAAUGGAGACGACAUGUUUGCCACCUUUGCACAGAUCCAACAGAAAAGCAUUUUAGUUUGGCUGUUCAGUCGUGUGUAUUUAUACACCUUCAUUGCUCUUUUCAUCUACAUGGUCCUCAGCCUUUUCAUUGCACUUAUCACAGAUUCCUAUGAAACAAUUAAGAAGUACCAAGCAGAAGGUUUUCCAGUUACAGACCUAGAAAGAUUUCUUAAAGGAUGUGAAGAUUUUCCUCAUUUGGAGAAGGAAGAGGAGUCAAAUGUUUCCUUUCUUUGCUGUAAAAGAAGCAUUUAUGAGACUACAGUACUUGGAAUCUGAUGCCUUAUUGUUCAUCUUGAAUAACAGAGAGACACAAAAGUGAGCCACAAUGAAUAGGUGUUACUUUGAGAAGACUAUGGAUUUCUUUUAUAACAACAGUC